AGUUUGUUUGUUCUAGUGAACGUUGAAGAAUGCACUUGAACAUCUUGAUUUCACAUUUAUGAAUUAGUAAUGUUUACCCGAGUGUUAACAAUCCUUUUUCUUCUAAAUAUCUUUCACAAAACUGUUAGUUCCAGCGACAGUUAUGAAGCUUAUUUCCUACCAGAUUCACUUUUCAUUCAGCAAUCAGAAUCAGACACAGUGAAGAUAGGCUUGAAGUAAGCAAUAUGUAACUUUUGUUAUACGCCUAGCGGUUUCACGAAUUCAUAUUCAUGUGUUGAAAUGUGUUUUCACUUUACAUACGUUGGAGUUUCAUACUUUUUCCAACAGAUUUAAUUUGGUUUUAUUCAUUCGUUGUAUUCAUUUUUCUGAAAGUCAAUCAGUGUCAAACGAUGUGACGCUUAAGCUAAGCUACUGGGAAAGAAAUGGUGAUAUGGUUUCACCAGAAAAGCUGAACCAAUCAGCCAUUCUACCCAUACCUGAUUUCAUUAUAAAGAAAAAUCAAGAUGGUCCUACUCCCGUCACAAUAACUGGUAACGUACCUGGUCAUAUAUAUCUGAGAAUAAAUUCAUCUGGAAGUAUUGAUAUUGUAAACACAAAAUCUGCACUAUGUCGAGUGACUGUUGUGCGUUACCGUUGGUUAAAUAUACUACAAAUUGUGAUUGGUUGGCUUUAUUUUGCUGCUUGGACUGUUUCAUUCUAUCCUCAGUUAUAUUUGAAUUGGAAAAGGAAAAGUGUGGUUGGAUUUAAUUUUGAUUUUGCUGUACUAAAUGUCAUUGGAUUCCUCUACUACAGCAUCUAUAAUAUUGGAUUAUUUUGGAUUCCAUUAAUACAGAAACAAUAUUUAAGCAGAAAUCCUUUGGGUACAAUACCAGUACUGACAAACGAUGUGGUAUUUGCAUUUCACGCAUUCAUUAUAUCCUCAUUAACAGCAUUUCAAAUCUUAAUUUAUGAUCGUGGUGACCAGCGUGUCUCCAAAAUGUGUAUAGGAUUAAUAAUUCUGAUCGCAAUAUAUACAAUCAUUGUGUGUAUCAUAGGUGGUGCAAAUGCUGUACAAUGGUUGGAUACCUUUUAUCUAUUAUCUCAUGUGAAACUAUUCAUCUCAAUUGUGAAAUAUACACCUCAGGCGUAUAUGAAUUUUCGUCGAAAAAGUACAGUUGGAUGGAGUAUAGCCAAUAUUAUGUUGGAUUUCAGUGGUGGAAUUCUAAGCAUUGCUCAAAUGAUUAUUAUUGCAUACAAUAACAAUGAUAUCAGUAGUAUAACUGGAUCACCGACAAAACUUGGCUUAGGCAUAUUGUCUAUUGCAUUCGAUAUAUUAUUUAUGGUACAACAUUGGUGCUUAUACCGUCAUUCAUCAAAUCAUGAUUUCGAUGUGAUAACCGUUGAAGAUAAAGAAGAAGAAAAGCCUGAAAUAGAAGAUACACCGAAUAAGGAAUAACAAACCCCCGCCCCGCCCCCCCCCCGAAUGACUAUUUUCACCUUGAAUGUAAGUAACACAUUAUAUCAAAGAGAAGAAAAAGAAAGCGGAAGAAGAAGCAGUGUCACUCACUACUUCUAUUCUUUUACUGCUGCUGCUAUUUUCAUGUUUACGUCUUUAUUUUUGAUAUAUAUUAUAUAUAUAUUUUUUUUAUGGAUAUCAUUUUUAAAAAUAUAUACGAAUCUCUCUCUCUCCCUGUCUCUCUGAGUUUCACUAACACUCUAUUUCACUGUGCCAAGGGCCUUUCCCUUAUACUCUGUUCGUGUCACUUUUAACACUCCUUCCCUAUUCAACUUUCUAGUUGUAAUCACAAGUAUUAUGAUUAAAAUUGACCUCUCUCUCUCGCCCCCCCCCUGUCGAGCGAAAUUAUUCUUAUUUCAUCUAACUAUACACGCAUAGAUUCAAAGUGAACUCUUCAUUUUCUUUUUCCUCCUUCAUGAUAGAAAUUGUGCCUUUUAUCAGUGAACAGUGUUGAUCAUUGAUCUGCAUGUGAUAGGUGUAUUUUUUUGUUAAAUCGAAAAUUGUAUUCAUUGAGAGUGCCUUUAAGAGGCUUGUUAUAAUCGUUAAUUGCAAAGAAAAUUAUGC